UCAAUAGGACGCAGUUAAACGUGGGACGUCAGCGAAAGGUGGAGGUAGCAGGAAGAAAGAUCGGCGGUGAGAAAGGAGAUAUCUGCUUCAUACCGCGGAACUGAGGACAACUAUCGGCGAACCGGGCUGCUUUCGGGCGGCCGCCGGGAUUGGAUACACGAUCAGAACGCGGCGGCCGCGAAUUCGAUACAAACUUGACUCAACGUUCGAUUCGAACACAAUCACAGGGCAACAUUCGAGCUCAGUGCGCAAGCGCCUUCCUCCCGGACCACGCUCGAACCACUGCCCAUUGAUUGGGCCGGCUCAUCGGAAGAUCGCUGAAGGCGGCCCGCGGGUUGGUGGCUUUCGCGUGGAUUGAUGUUGCGGGCGGCUCUUGUUGCUCCUGUGCGGCAGAUCGGCGGCUUGUUGUCACAGCGAGCUUCCCAGGACCGAGCAUUUGUGGUUCUGCGCUCGCGUUUCGGGUACGUUGGAAAUAGGAAUACAGCAAUAAUGCCAGAAAUAAACAUGGACAAUCUGGAUGAAAAGCAGGUCCAGCUAUUGGCAGAAAUGUGCAUCCUGAUUGAUGAGAAUGAUAAAAGAAUUGGAGCAGACACAAAGAAAAAUUGCCAUCUUAACCUGAACAUAAAUAAAGGUUUACUCCACAGAGCUUUCAGUGUCUUCAUCUUCAACAGUGAGGGGAAACUUUUGCUGCAACAGAGGUCUGAUGCAAAGAUCACAUUCCCAGGUUGUUUUACAAACACUUGCUGCAGUCACCCUCUUAACACGGCAACAGAAACAGAGGAGAAAGAUGCUCUUGGUGUAAGACAAGCAGCCCAACGCAGGUUAAAGGAAGAGUUUGGAAUACCUCCUCAACAGGUUCCUCUGGAAGAGAUGAACUAUCUUACACGUAUUCACUACAAGGCUCAGUCUGAUGGAAUCUGGGGAGAACAUGAAAUUGAUUAUAUAAUCUUCAUACAGAAGAAUGUAACUUUAAAACCCGACCCCAAUGAGAUACAGAGUUACUGCUACGUGACUAAAGAUGAACUCCAGAACCUGUUGGAAAAGGCAGAAAGCAACAAGGUGAAAAUUACACCUUGGUUUAAACUCAUUGCUGAGAAGUUUCUAUUCACGUGGUGGGACAAUCUACAUAAUCUGAAGCAGUUCAUCAAUCAUGAGAAAAUUCACCGGAUGUAGAAUACUUUUGACUUCCUGCAUGCGAAACUGUCUUAAAGAACUAAUUUUAUGCACAUUAUAACACAAUAUUAUGCACAUACAUUGCAAACAGUGCAAAAUGUUAAUAAAAUGAAGUUGAGAAUGAAUUCUCAUGAGAAACACAACUUAAAACAGCAUGUUUUUCACUUGUGAAGUAAAAUUACUGAUUUUCUUUUACCCUCAAACAUGUCUAAUGUUAACUGUUAAACCAGUUUUUAACAAGUAAAUCAAGAAUUUAUUGUAAUUUAAGCAGGUAUAGUUUCAAAACUUACAGGUCUUGUUCUCUUUGUGCCACCAUCAUUAUUAUUCGAUAAUUCUAAAGGCCAGGGCUAGAGUAGAGGUGGGUGACAUAUGUGAAGUCAACUUAGUGAAUAUUCAUCUUUCAAACAGAUGUUUAAUUUACAAAAUCUUAAUUUUGGGUGGACUAUUAUGCCUAAAUCAAAUUUUAUCCAUCAAUUAGAAGCUAUCAGAAUUCUUAUUAGAUAUUAUGAAAGGUUUUCAUAACUAACAAUGGAUAUUAUUGAAAGACUGAACUAAGUCAAAUGAAGUCCAUACAAUCGCAAAUCAUAUUUUUGUGGAAAAAGGAUGUAGGGUAUUGCAUAGUAAACUACCAAGUUAAGAUAACCAAGCAGCUCUUUCACAGAAUAUUAGUGGGAUCUUUGAGGACGGAAAACUAAAGGGAAUUUUUACUAUGUAGAGAUCUCAGCCCACACUUCAACAAAUUCAAUGUUCCUUACAGUACCUUCACAGCCAGUUGGUUGGUGGUGGUUUUGGGGGGGGGGGGGGGGUGUUGCUGAACAUGCUAAACAGCAAUUGCACCAAAUUAAUACAUUCUGGAAUCAUUAUUUAUCAUAGGCUAUAAAGCCAUCGUUUAAUUGCAUUACUAUUGUUCUUGACCUGCUGAGUUUUUGGCAUGGUUUCUAUUGAAGUUGGAUUUCUGCCAAUUUUGUGUCAUGAUAAUAAAAUAUUAGUUACCAGUA